AUGAGAGUUGAAAAUCAUUGUAUGAUUGAUAAUAGUGCUCUCUACAUUCAAUUUGCUACCAAAAUAACUGCAACAUUGUUAAUUGUCACUAUAUCAUAUGCAGACACCAAUGUAAAAAAAAAUGUGGAACCUGAUCCGAAUCGGGGCAAACGAAAUGUAGAUUACACAGUAACUCAUAAUCCAAAUGGUGGUGGAUCGAGUUUUCGAUUAGAGCGUAGAACUUCGUCUAAUCGACCAGCUGCACCGCCACAACAAGCUCAAAGACGAAUAUCAUCUCAAUAUGGAAAUCAACGGACAUACAACUCCUUGACACGUAGGCAUAGACCCAACACAAUACCACCGUAUGCAGUGCAAAUGGAACCUUUAGUUCAGUACUCUCAACGAGAUCCUUUAUUUGAUGGUCAAAAACCUUUGAGAAAAGACAUUGAAAGUCAUUUUGUUAAUGAUAAUAAAAUAUCGGCAAAAAGUGAUAAUUUUGCAUCUGAAACUCAUUUCCCAUAUGGACCACCAGAACCAGCACAUCAUCAUGUCGAACCACCAGAACCAAUUAUUGAAAUUAUUAUUAAAGAAUCGAAUAUUAGUCUACCACCUCCUCCAACUCUUCCACCGCAACCUCGUAAAAAAGAAUCCGUACAAGUGUUUUAUGUAAAAUACAAAAAGGAUCCUUAUGGUGGUAAAGAUGCUGUAAUUUACGACACACCGAUUCCAGCAGUCACACCUGCAACAAAUCUACACAGUGAAGAAGAAGUAGAGCAUCCUCCUCCUCAAGAACAUUAUCCAGAUUCCUAUGAACCACAACCAGCUCCUCCACCUUCAACAACAUUACGAACUAUUAUCAAACCUGACUCAGAAACAUAUCAUACAGAUAGUAAUGUUCACGUUACGUUCGGAACUGAAGACCAUUAUCAUCAUGAAAAAAGUGAUCAUGAAGGAAAACAUGAAGAAUCUGCACCAAAACCAUCAUUAGUAUUCCCAGAUUCACCGAAUUUAAAAAAUCAACAUUCACUUCAACAAUUGCAACCACAAGCAAGCACACAAGUGCAAAAACGUCAUCCAGCAGCAAAUCAACAAUCACAAUUUAAUGGCAAUAGUUUCCAAAGCGAUUUUUCUUCAUUUAACAACAAUCAACCUCCUCAACCCCCUCAACAACCUCAACAACCUUACUAUCGUCCUUUCCCACAAGCCCAAUACUCAACAAUACAAUUAGGUCCAGUACCAGGGCCACCUUCUUUUCCAAGACCUCAAGGGCCAUUCCAUACUCCCUCAUUCCCGCCAAACCAAAAGUAUUUCCCUAGACCUCCAUUUUAUAAUAAACAACCAUUACCCCCACAAUUUUUAAAUAAUCCAUCAAAUCCGCCUUUUUACCAAGGACUACCUCAUGUACAACAGCGUCAGCCAUUUAAUCAAGGCCCAUCACAACAACCACCACAACCAACUCCAGCAAGUUUCAAUUCCUUUCCACAAAAAACGGAGCCCCCUCAAGUUUAUAAAACAAUUCGAUUGGAGGAGCCAAUUCGACAACCUACUUAUCAAACAAUAAAACAAAAUACACCUCCACAAGAAAUCAGACAUGAAGCAAACAUCAAUAGUCAUAUAAACCAUAAUCGUAAUCCAAUUACCCCUACAAAUCCUACGUUAAACCAACAAAAUUAUCAUGAACAAAGGCUACAAUUUCCACCCAAACAACAACAAUCAUUUCCUCCACAGCAAAAUCCACAACAAUCGUUCCAAUACUUUAAUCAACAUUUGAAUAAAAUACCAAAUGACAAUAGUUUGUCGUCACCUUUCAAUUAUUUUAAUCAACAACAAGAACGUAAUAAAAAUCAACAACAGUCAACUUUCCUUCAACCCAAUCAACAUAUUCCACAAUCUCAACAACCGCAAUCAGGUAACAUUUUACCACAAGGCAGUGUUUUACCACCGGGUGGUGAAUUAUUGAAAUCAAUUCCAAAAUUCGAGCAACAUUUAUCAGUAGCAGUUCCUAAUACACCAACUCCCACUUUUAAACAUCCAAAUUUCCCACAAGAGAAUCCAGAACAUCGCCAAGCUCCAAAUCAUAACUACAAUCCAAAUCCAACACAAACAAUAAAUCAAUUAUCACAUCAACAAAAUCAACAAAAUUUUAAUCAACAAUCAAAACAUCAACAGCAAAAUCAUCAAAGCUUUGAUCAUCAGCAAAAUCAUCCAAACUUUAAUCAACAACAAAAUCGUCAAAACUUUGAUCAACAACAAAGUAAUCAAAAUUUUGACCAACAACAAAAUCAACAAAAUUUCAAUCAACAGCAACAAACCGCUGGAGAUAUCAUACAAUAUUUUAAGAGUACAGAAUUAGAUUAUCGUCAAAAAGCCGAAUCUAGUGAAAAUAGGCCAUCAAGUACGACCACGACGACUACUACAACUACGACCACAGAACAGCCAAUUAACUUCAAUUUACCUGAUGAAGUGCCUGAUGAGUUGAGACAGCAACUAUUAUCAUCUGGUAUCCUAAAGAAUGCUGAUAUCUCUGUAUUAGACUACGAUAAAAUUGGAGAUAUCCCAAUUGAAGCAUUGCCUCCAGAUCAAUUAGCUAACUUCUAUGGUGCCGCAAAAGAACAAGGUAUAUCAGCUAGUGAACCAAUAAGAUCUGUUGUAACUACAAAUGAUUUUGAAAGUUCUGAAUUAUCAGAAGUUCUAUCUCCUCAAGCGAUUAGCAUGAAAGUAGUGCAUUAUGAUGAUAAAUCCUUAGAUGAUGUAUCCAUACCGGAUAAAUAUGUACAAGAUAACGCAACGGAAUUAUCACCAGUAGUUCUAAAUGAUAAAAAGUAUACACGAUACUUACCAUUAAAAGUUAGCGGAGCACAAUUCCCGAUACCAGAUGUUGAUGAAUUACGUGGUAAAAGUAUUACAAGUGUAGUUGUUCUGGCUCCAAUUGACUAUGACUUUUCUCCAAACGAUCAUGUGGAUAGAAUUGAAAGAGAAAUACAAUCUGAUUCAAGAGUAAAUGUUAGCAUGGCAUUGCAAGAAUUAAUAAAAAAUCCUACAACAGAAAAUUUUAAGUUCUGGUUACAGUCUGAGGGACAAAUUUCCAAUGAUAAACAAGCAGUAGUUCUAUUAGAAAUAUUCAUGUAUGACAUUUUAACAAAAUCUGUAAGCCGCUUAGAUGGUGAAUUAUCAACAGCAUUUGUUGAAGCCGCUGAAAGUAAUGUUAAUAGUAGUCCUGAUUUAAAUCAAGAUUUAAUGGAAAUGAAGGAUGUACCAAACAAUUCAUUCACAAUGGAAGAUAAUAAUGAAAAUUUAGCUAGAUCUUCUUCAUCUCAAACGAGGACUAAUCAUCAACAUCAUCAUCGACCCAAUAUGUACCUGUAA